AUGCCUAGUAGGCCUACGUCAUCGGUAAAGCCACCUCAAGCGACCGCGCCUUGGCGCUGCCCGAGCGCCGUGGCCUCAAACAGCAUAAAAUUACCAAGUAUAAUGUUGUCUAUAGAUCCUUAUGAUCCAACAGAUAUUUGUGAACCCGAAGAGAAUAAUUACAACGAAAAUGAACCUUACACGCGGAUUUUUGAAAACCAUGAAGAUAUUUCCGAUGCGUAUGAAGACACCGACGAAGUAACACCUGAAACAAGUAUUUCAAAAGUAAAUAAUGAAAUUUUUGAGUCAGAAGAAGAUAUGAAUGCUUCCAUCAGCAACCUUUGCUACGGAGAUUUCUAUAUUUUAGGCAGAAUUUGGAUAGAAACAUUGAAAACUGUUCUAAUUGGUUCCCAAAUUCGACUAGUGCCAGUCGUUCACGCAGCGAAGCCUCCGCCAGAACCGCAAAGGCCGCCAAAAAUGAAAUACAUGGAUCUACCAAUUUACACCAGCCCUCAUUACGAGUAUAAAGAACACGAAGUCAAGAAAGAUGAAUGUGCCGAAGCGAAAACUAAACUACUGCAUAACUAUUUGCUUCCUUAUGUCAAGAAGUACAGAAUCGAAACUCAGAAUCAGCUGUGCAAAAUGAGAUGCGCAGCUAAAGGUACAAUUAAAGACGUGGGGUGCAGUAUAGAUAAUACUGGUAAAGAUAUCAAGAAAUUUAUGAGAGAUCCAGCUAACAAACAAGUGAGACAAGGUGUCGUGGCUACUGGCACUAUUUUGGGUUGCUUGAUGGGCUCGAAUUUGCCCAAAAAGUUUUUCCUGGCCGGCCUUGGGGGAUUAUCCACUGGAGCCUUGUGCUUUCCAGAUGAAACUGAUGAUUUCUUCAGAUCGUUCAUGUGGCAAGCUGGUACAACGUUUAUAAAGAUUUAUAAUACUUUUUGUGGGAAGAACUUUAAGCUGAGGGAAAGAGUGCCUUGUACUACUGAAGUGCCCCCCGAACCUACUGUGAGGAGGAAACAGCAAUGUCCAAAACCAAAGAAAGCGGCUGCUAAACCGGCAGCGAAAAAGUAG